AUGGAAUCGUCUGCUUCUUUCGCCAUUAACCAUCGCUUCAAUGCAUACUUUUCAUUAUUCCUUUUUUUUUUUUUUUUGCUUUGUGAAAUUUUCUCUGCCCCAGAUGUGACCACUUAUUCAAGCGUACGCCAUCUCGAACGUUUCAGAUUCUUUUCUCAGUCUCACGCUUUCUCUCUUUCUCUCCGUCUCUCUGUUACUCUCUGUCUCUUUGGGACAAUGGAAUUUUCAUCAAUAUCUUUCUUCAAGUUUUUGCUUGAUAUCUAUCUAUCUAUCUAUCUACAUAUCUAUCUAUCUAUCUUUUCCUAUGCUUUUUUUUUCUUCCUUGACGUCUUUCUUACCUCGAAAAAUUUCUAUUUUCUUUCGUUCUCUUCAAUGAAAGAUAAGAAAGAAAUCCUCCGAUUCUGCCAUAUUACACCUUUACUCUCUUUUACUUUUCCUCCCACUUCCUCUAUUCAGUUACUUUCCUCCCUCUCAUUCUUCAUUACUAACCCUUCACUAACUUUUCCUUUUCUUCCCUCUCUUUCUCGCUUACUACCACUUUCCCUUCUACUUCCGCUACGCUUUUACUUUUCUCCCUCUCUUGCUCAGUACACCUUCCCUUUCUUUUCCUCUUACUUGCCCUAUGCAGAUACUUUUCUCCCUCUCUUACUUCCUUCUUAUCCUUCAUUCACUUUUCCUUUUCCUCCCUCUCCUUCUCACUUAUUACGACCUUUCCGUCAACUUCCACUAUAUUGUUGCUUUUCUCACUCUCAUUCUUCCUUACUACCCUUCACCCACUUUUACUUUUCCUCCCACUUCAUCAAUACAGUUACAUUUCAUCUUCUCAAUUUUUCCUUACUACCCCCUUUCUCUUUUACUUUUCCUCCCACUUCAUCUACACAGUUACAUUUCUCCCACUCAUUCCUUCUUACUACUACCUCUCUCUCUUUUACUUUUCCUCCCACUUCAUCUAUGCAGUUACAUUUCUCCCACUCAUUCUCUCUUAUAACCCCUUCACUCCCUCUUACUUUUCCUCCUACUUCCUCUGUGCAGUUACUUUUCUCCCACUCAUUCUCUCUUAUUACCCCUUCACUCUCUCUUACUUUUCCUCCUACAUCCUCUAUACAGUUGCAUUCCUCCCACUCGUUCUCUCUUAUUACCCCUUCACUCUCUCUUACUUUUCCUCCUGCUUCCUCUAUGCGUUACUUUUCACCCUCUCAUAUUCAUUACACCUUCACUCUCUUUUACUGUUCCUCCCACUUCAUCUAUACAGUUACCUUCUCCCUCUCAUACUCCCUUACUACCCCAUUUAUUCUCUUUUACUUUUCCUCACAAUUCUUUGCACAAUUACUCUCUCCCCCUCUCAUUCUUCCUUUAUCAUUCUUUGAUUGCUCCGCCGUAGCCAGUUCUCGCCUCUGUCGUGUCAGCGGGAUACCCUUAACGCCAGCUCGAUUCCUGUUACUAUCUUACCUAUUUGAGGUUCUUGACAGGCCUUCAGAGUCAAAGAUUGCCCUACCAUACGUCUUCUUGCCAAGGAAUCCCUUAAUUUGUUGUUUACAAGGACCCACGACUAGGACAAAGGAAUGGGAUCCGGCUACCAUUGUUCAAGACCGCCUAUCUCAGCCUUUUCCUUCUCAUUUAUCACUUUCCUUAUCCCUCCUCCCCCCUCCUCCUCCUCCGUCUUCUUCUUCCUUCCUUCCUUCUUUCCUUCCUUCCUUCCUUCCUUCCUUCUUUCCUUCCUUCUUUCCUUCCUUCCUUCCUUCUUUCCAAUUUCGAAUAUUCUCUCUCUUCGUUCUCCUCCUCCUCAACUACUUUCCUCCUUCUCCUUUUCUCUUCUGUAACUCUCACCUCCUCUUCCUCUCCCUCCGCCACUUUCCUCUUCCUCUAUUUAUCUUCUGUAACUCUCACCUCGUCCUCCUCCUCUUUCAACGCCGCUACUUUCCUCCUUUUCUCUACUGUAACUCUCACCCCUCUUCCUCAUUCACCACAUUCCUCCUCCUUCUUUUCUCUUCUGUAACUCUCACCUCCUCCUCCUUCUUUUCUCUUCUUCUUUAUCGUUAUGUUUAUUUUCAAUUCUUCUUCUUCUUCUUUCUCCAUUACCCUCCUCCCUGUUUUUACGUUAUUUUUCAAUUUUUUUCUCUCCUCCCCUUUCUUUUUUUAUUUUCAUCCCCCUCUCCUUAUUUUUCUUCUCCUCCUCUUCCUAUGUCUUCCAGUUAUCCUUUCCACCUCCCUUUUUUUUUGUUAUUCACAUUCGCACUCUUCUCCUCCCGCUCUCUUAGUUCUUCUUUUUCAAUCUACUGCCUUUAUAUCGCCUUGUCGAUUGAUGAUAUAUAUGUUAUAUUCAGUUGA